AUGGCAUCAUUAACUAAAAUCAACUCCCUUUUUCCAAACCCAUCUACAAUGAACGAUGGAUAUAGCUUUGAAAUAUAUAUAAAUGUUAGUGAACAAUUACAAGAAGAUAUUGGGAUUAAAGUUAUUUAUGUUGGGUCUUCUUUUUCAAAUGAAUAUGACCAAAUAUUAGAAGACAUUGCUGUUGGUCCAUUAAGCGUUGGGUUAAAUAAGUUUACUAUUACUACAGGACCAAUUGAUAUGAGUAAAUUACCAGAUGAUGAGAUAUUAGGAAAUACUUUAAUAUUAAUUUCUGCUUCUUAUAAGGAUAAAGAGUUUUGUAGAAUUGGGUAUUAUGUUAAUAAUGAAUUUGAAGGCAUUGACCCUACUAUUGAUGUUGUUAAACGAGAAAUGCUUGUUCCAGAAAAGAUUACUAGAACACUUUCAGAGCCAAGAGUAACAUUAUUCCCAUGUUAUUGGGAUAAAGAAGAACAUAUUGAGAUGAUUGAAGAAAAACCAGAAGAACUUGGUCGUGUUAUAUCUUUUUCUGCUGAUGGAACUAUUCAGUCAAAUGAAACAGAAAAUGAUAAUCAAAUGGAAGAAAUACAAUUAAAUCCAGAAAUCAAAAAUCAAAUUAGAAGUGCAUUAGGAGUAGAUGGUUUAAUGAAGAAACAAAAAAAUAUGGAUGAAGAUGAUAGUGAAGAUGAAAUGGAACCAAUGGAACAAUAAAAGAAUUUAUUAAUUUUUAUUUAUUGUAAUACAUUCUUCUUUAUAAACAUAAGUGUUACUUUUAUUUGUUUAGUAUGUUCUUGUAUUAUACUAACUCGUUUUUCUAUUAGCUUUAAUGAGUCUAAUGCUUGUUUUACUUUAUUUGGUAACUCAACCAUUCCACUCAUUUUUUUAGGUGCUUCAACAGCCAUUCCUAAACACAAUUUAUUCAUUUUUUC